UGCUACUCUCCUAGCCCCCCCAAAUCAAAGGAUGGGAUUUGCCGUAUUGGCUUCAAUUAUUGAAAUCACGGUAGCCCGUGAUUCCACACUAUUAUUUAGGACAACUAAUAGGUCACAACGGAGAACUCCUUCUGACCAUUCUGUAUAUGGGCUCACUGAUGAAUUAGAUACACAUGGGCCUGUGGGUGAGAUAUUUCACGGUAUAAAUAUCGACGUUGCGGACUCCAGGGAAAAUAUGUCCAGUCAGUUGCAGCACUGGAUAAGAAAUUGCUGCGAACACCAUGUCAGCUGCAACCAUAACCCAGUCCGCACAUUUCCGACUCGUAUUCUUGACAUUGGCUCAGGGUCCGAAAAGCCUACACCUCGAAUCUUGGAGUACGAUGAAUUGGGGAAAUGUGUCAAAAAGUUUGUCUUCUUUUCUUUUACAUGGGGCGGCGAAUUGCCUUUCAAAACCACGCAGGACAAUUUGAAGUCUUACAAAAAGGGGAUUGCUUUGGAUAGCCUUCCCCGCUUAUUUCAAGACGCCAUCGAGCUUUGCCGGAGUAUUGGGUAUCGUUUUAUUUGGAUCGAUGCGUUGUGCAUAAUCUCUGAUCAGCCGGAGGAUAGUGAUCGCGAGAUCGCGCGCGUGAAUGAGUACAUUCAAUCCGCAGACCUUGUCAUGGCUACGACAGGAUUCGGGGUUUAUGGAAGUCUGGCACCUGCACGAGAGCCUAGUGUCGCCCUGUCCAUUGAUGCACACCUUGAAAGAUGUGCAGAAUCCAAUCACCAACCGUUUACCCUUCAUCUACGCAGGCCAGUCCAGACUGCCAGACACGCCAUGGAGAAAGGAAUUCUGCACCGCAGCUGGAGAGUGCAAGAGGUUCUAUUGGCUCGCCGAAUUGCGAUAUUUGGCCCAACCCAGCUAUACUGGAGCUGCCUUGAAGCCCUCAAAUCGGAAGCUAAUACUUUUGAAAUCGAGCCGUGGUUUCAAGCCGUACCUGCUUUCCGUUACUGGCUCGACGAUCCCGGUAUGCGUGCGCUCACCAUCUCGUCUCGAACAAGGAUUCUCCACUAUUGGUAUUCGGUCGUUGAAAUGUUUAGCCGCGGGAAUGUCACUUUCCAGCCUCAUAGGCUCAGUGCCGUAGAUGCGGUGGCUCGCAACGUCAGAGGGUUAAUGGUGGAGUUUCUAGGCCACGAAGAUGAAUACAAUGCGGGUAUAUGGCAGAGUGAUAUGUGCCACGGCCUUUUAUGGGUGGAUUCCUCCAACGGGCCAUCUUUGCGUUAUUUGUUCCCCUCAUGGAGCUGGGUAUCUGCCCAAGACGAAAUAUCUUACUGCCUGGCAAGUGGACUAAAGGCCACGCUAGUUUCACCACCCGCACUAUUCUCUGUCGAACAAUGCAAAGCAUUGUCCAGCCCUUCUUUGAGUCAGGUGGAAAACACAAUUCAUAUUUCAUCCCUUUCAAGAAUAGUAGAAGAACCUACUGUGGAGAGCACCCAGAAAUACGAGUUCUUCUUUGACUUUGUAGAGGAUGAAGCGCGAAGUGAUUGCGUGCGGCUUCGUGGUAUUGUUCUUGUCAUUGUGGCACCUUGGGCUUUCAGGCCUGGAUCUGAGUAUUAUCAUUCAAGAUGGGCGGGGUUGAUGCUAAAGCGAAUGGAGAACGAUUCAACAGACAAGUACGUGAGAGACGGUGUUUUCCUUGGAGAGUGUUGCGAUGAGAGCCUGGAAGGCUGGGAGAGAAAGAGCUUUUCAAUUAUAUAGUUGCAAGUUAAGCCUGGCCUGUUAGGCAACGCACUCUAUAAAUAAAAAACCAGGUCAAAGUCAACCAUGUAUUUUCCCCCUAGCUUUUAAG